AUGUUCUCCUUUCCUUUCUCUGCAGACGGGACGUCAGCGAAAGCACUGGGUCUAGAUGAAAACUACUGGUCUCUGACAAAUGAAGUUGGCAAAAGAAAUUGUAAGUUAUCUUAAGUAUAUGAUGUCACACGUUCAAACGACAGACACCAAAGUGGUUGAUGUUACACGUUGACACGACAGACAACAAGGUGGUUGAUGUCACACGUUGGCAUGACAGCCAACAAAGUGGUUGAUGUAACACGUUGAUGUGACAGACGACAACGUGGUUGAUGUAACACGUUGACGUGACAGACAACAAAGUGGUUGAUGUAACACGUUGGCAUGACAGACAACAACGUGGUUGAUGUCACACGUUGACAUGACAGACAACAAAAUGGUUGAUGUCACACGUUGACAUGACUGACAUUUACAAAAUGUGAGUGUCUUAAAAAGUCUUAUGUGACAACCGUAUGUGAGUGUCAUUUGUGAGUAUCUUAUGUGAUUGUCGUAUGUCAGUGUCUUAUUGGUGUCUAGUAAAUAUUUAUUUGAAUAGACCUACAGAAACUGCAAUCUACAAAUGUUUGUCAUUCAACUCUCAUGCAAUCGUUUGGAAUAACAAGUAAUGAUAUUUAGGAAUAACAAGUAAUGACAUUAAGGAAUGACAAGUAAUGACAUUCAGGAAUAAAAAUUAAUGAAAUUUAGGAAUAAAAAGUAAUGACAUUUAGGAAUACCAAGUGAUGAAUUUAGGAAUACCAAGUAAUGACAUUUAGAAAGGACAAGUACUGACAUUUACGAAUAACAAGUAAGGACAUUUAGGAAUGACAAGUAAUUACAUUGAGGAAUGACAAGUAAUGACAUUUAGGAAUAACAAGUAAGGACAUUUAGGAAUAACAAGUAAUGCCAUUUAGGAAUAACAAGAAAAGACAUUUAGGAAUAAGAAGUAAUGGCAUUUAGGAAUAACAAGUAAUGACAUUUAGGAAUGACAAGUAAUAACAAUCACGAAUAACAAGUAAUGACAUUUAGGAAUAACAAGUAAUGACAUUUAGGAAUAACAAGUAAUGACAUUUAGGAAUAACAAGAAAAGACAUUUAGGAAUAAGAAGUAAUGGCAUUUAGGAAUAACAAGUAAUGACAUUUAGGAAUGACAAGUAAUAACAAUCACGAAUAACAAGUAAUGACAUUUAGGAAUAACAAGUAAUGACAUUUAGGAAUAACAAGUAAGAACAUUUAGGAAUAAGAAGUAAUUACAUUUAGGAAUAACAAGUAAUGACAUUUAGGAAUAACAAGUAAGAACAUUUAGGAAUAAGAAGUAAUUACAUUUAGGAAUAACAAGGAAUGACAUUUUGGAAUAACAGGGUAUGGCCAUUAGGAAUAGAAGAAGAGCAGUUCCAUUAUCUGUACUCACACAUUCCACUGAUCACUUGUCGGCCAGCCUCAGGUCUGACAACUCUUUUUGAAACACGUUGAGAAUGUGUGUUGCACAAUGACAUAAGACCAGCAAUUCUCCUCUCCCCCCCCCCACCCUCCAUCAGGACUGGUCAUCUCUUUCGCCCAUCUUCGUUUUCUUAAGAAGUCCUUGACCCUAAAAGGAUUCUGUCUUCAAUUCAAUUUUCUCAAAUGACUCAAUUUAAAGAACUCUCUCUCUCUCUCUCUCUCUCUCUCUCUCUCUCUCUCUCUCUCUCUCUCUCUCUCUCUCUCUCUCUUUUCCUCUCUCUCUUUCUCUCUCUCUCUCUCUCUCUCUCUUUUAGAGAGAGAGAGAGAGACUCUCUCUCUCUCUCUCUCUCUCUCUCUCUCUCUCUCUCUCUCUCUGUAUUUCACGAUCUCUGUUUAUCUCUCUCUCUCUCUUUCUCUAUUUCUCUUUCUCUCUCUCUAUCUCUCUCUUUUCUCUAUUUCUCCCUCUCUCUAUUUCUCUCUCUCUAUAGCUCGCUCUUUCUCUCUCUCUUUCUCUAUUCCUCUCUCUCUCUCUCUAUCUCUCUAUCGCUCUCUCUGUCUCCCUCUCUCAAUCUGUCGCUCUUAUUUUAUUUAUUUCUCCCUGUCUCACACAAACUCUUCCUGUCCUUUUAUCUCUCCCUCUCUCUUUCUUACUCCCUGUCUAACGCACAGUAUUCCUGUUGCUAUAUCUCUCGCUCUCACCAUCUCUCUCUCUCCCUCACUCUCUCUCCUUCUCUCCUCUUUUACUCCCUGUCUAACUCACAGUCUACCUGUCACGAUAUCUACCUCUCUCUCUGCCUCUGUCUCUCUCCCUCUGUCUCUAUAACUCUGUCUCCUUCUCUCUGUCACAAACACACACACACUAUGUCACUUUCUACACCUGUCUAUCAUUUCUCUUUGAAAUGUUAAAAAACCCAAUUUUUUUUUACCUAUCUCUUUAUUUUUUGUUUACAUCCCAAAACUCUUUGUGUUCAUUCAACUCUAUACAUUUCAAUCGCUUUAUAACAGGUUUUUAACAUAAACAGAUUCCUUUUCUUUUCUUGAAUGUUUCAAUUGCAAACAUUUCCAUGUUUUUAUGAGUAGCCGCUGACGUCAUCACAUGACAUGGGUCACAUGAUUUCCUUUCGACUUCAGUUCGGCGAGAAUGGAUGCUAGUCAUGAAAUGAACAGACUGUUUUAGCAUCUACCUGAUAUUAGAAGGAAAAAAAAAACAAGCCAUUUUGCCCCAGAUGAAAACAAAAACUGUACUCACUGCAAAACCAACAACUGUACUCACUGUACAGCCAUCAACAGCUGUACUCACUGUACAAUCAUCAACAGCUGUACUCACUGUACAACCAUCAACAGCUGUACUCACUGUACAACCAUCAACUGUUUUUACAUUACAAGAAAGAGAAGAUAUACAAGUUGCUGUAAAUGUGGCUUUGGAUUUAUAUAAGAGACAUUCAUGAACUUAGGCAAUUGAACUUAUAUAAGAGACGUUCAUGAACUUAGGCAAUUGAACUUAUAUUAGAGACGUUCAUGAACUUAGGCAAUUGAACUUAUAUUAGAGACGUUCAUGAACUUAGGCAAUUGAACUUAUGUAAGAGACGUUCAUGAACUUAGGCAAUUGAAAUUAUAUUAGAGAGUUCAUGAACUAAGGCAAUUGAACUUAUAUUAGAGACGUUCAUGAACUUAGGAAAUUGAACUUAUAUAAGAGACGUUCAUGAACUUAGGCAAUUGAACUUAUAUAAGAGACGUUCAUGAACUUAGGCAAUUGAACUUAUAUUAGAGACGUUCAUGAACUUAGGCAAUUGAACUUAUAUUAGAGACGUUCAUGAACUUAGGCAAUUGAACUUAUGUAAGAGACGUUCAUGAACUUAGGCAAUUGAAAUUAUAUUAAAGACGUUCAUGAACUUAGACAAUUGAACUUAUAUAAGAGACGUUCAUGAACUUAGGCAAUUGAACUUAUAUAAGAGAUGUUCAUGAACUUAGGCAAUUGAACUUAUAUAAGAGACGUUCAUGAACUUAGGCAAUUGAAAUUAUAUUAGAGACCUUCGUGAACUUAUACAAUUGAACUUAUAUUAGAGACGUUCAUGAACUUAGGCAAUUGAACUUAUAUAAGAGACGUUCAUGAACUUAGGCAAUUGAACUUAUAUUAGAGACGUUCAUGAACUUAGGCAAUUGAAAUUAUAUUAGAGAGUUCAUGAACUAAGGCAAUUGAACUUAUAUUAGAGACGUUCAUGAACUUAGGAAAUUGAACUUAUAUAAGAGACGUUCAUGAACUUAGGCAAUUGAACUUAUAUAAGAGACGUUCAUGAACUUAGGCAAUUGAACUUAUAUUAGAGACGUUCAUGAACUUAGGCAAUUGAACUUAUAUUAGAGACGUUCAUGAACUUAGGCAAUUGAACUUAUGUUAGAGACGUUCAUGAACUUAGGAAAUUGAACUUAUAUUAGAAACGUUCAUGAACUUAUGCAAUAAAACUUGCAAUCGACAUGUUUACAAUUUUUAUUUCAGCUUGGUGGAGUAAAAAGUCCUUGGAGUCUGCGCCAGAUUACCAGCGACUUCUCAAAGGUAGGAGUGUCACUCAAUGAUGACUGGGGCAAAUGUCCAAAUGCCCCACUUUAGACUGUCACUAUAUUUUAUUAUUUGUCAAAUAUCUAAUUUAAGGUGGUCACUAAAUAAUCACUGUGGCAAAUUUCGAUCUAAUAACUGUAACAAUAUGUCAUUUAUAAUAUCUAUAUUUGUUAUUCACAACAUCACAUGUUUACAUUUCAGACUUGUAAAUGUGUAUAUUUCAGACCUGUACAUGUAUCUAUUUCAGAAGCCACAUACAGAGAUGCGUCACUAGACUCACCUUCUGCUGCCGAGAGUGAGACAGAGGAUAACAUUUCAUCUCUAUACAGUGAGUCGUUUACUUUAUGAGAUAGCCGGCAUUCGUAGACACACCCUAGUAGCAAUAUCACGAUAUGUUAACAAUUUUUAACAGACGUUUCUCUAAAUGACUACGUCUGUAGAGUUGAUCACAUUGUCUGUGUAUUUCAUGACCUGCAAGGGGUGACGUCAGUAUGUAUUAGAAUUGACUCGUGAGGGCGAAGCAAAAAUAAGUGGGGCUAAGAAGGACGAAGCAAGUAAUGUGGGAUAAGCCGGGCGAAGCAAAGUAAGUGGGGCUAAGAAGGACGAAGGAAGUAAGGUGGGAAUAGCAGGGCGAAGCAAAGUAAGUUGGGCUUAGAAGGACGAAGCAAGGAAGGUGGGAUAAGCUGGGCGAAGCAAAGUAAGUGGGGCUUAGAAGGACGAAGCAAGGAAGGUGGGAUAAGCUGGGCUAAGGUUUCUGUCCGGGUCGUGGUAUUAUGAGACCAUUCGCGGUGAGUGAGGGUCCACGUUAUUUGAGACCACUUAAGUCAGGAACUAUCUGCAGAUAAAAAGAAAUGUGAGUGUAUAUGAGGACACGUGACUACUGCACGUGAGAAACUAUUAUCGAUCACUAACUGCACUUAUACAACUACCAACAAUCGCAAUUGUAUCAAAUCGGCACGCUUCAUACGACAAAUAGCUAAUUACCUUAACACAAACCCAGGAGUCCCCAGACUUUUCAAACACGGGCCGGAUUAGUUUCCCUCAGACCCUGACUAUGGUUUGAAAAAUAUAGGUACGUAUUUUAUGCACAGUGUAUAUAAAUCAAUUCUAUGCACACUGUACAUAUUUCAUUUGUAGUGAAAAUUACUUCUUGAAAAUAAGAACAUAUUUAAAAUGAAGAAACCAUAUAACAAACAUAAACUUAAUAGUAUUUCAAAGGGAAGCAAGGCUAAUGAGAUGAUCAAUGUCCGGUUUCAUAUUUGACGCUGCUAGAUUUAGUCCCCUUACGGUGGCCAGGCGGACCGGAUUAAUGACCCUGGCUGGCCGGAUGUGGCCCGUGGGGCGUAGUUUUGGGACCCCUGCCCUAACCCAUAAACCCAUCCCGGGUGGAUGGAACUAGUUAAAUUUGGAAUGCAACUCAUCUAAGAGAAUGGAAACUCUCAAUUCAAAACCCGGAGAUGGAGUCCCGUAGGCGGAUAACAUUGACACGAUGAAUAUUCUGGCAACUCCUACGACGCCACCGGUGCCAAACUAUAUCAUCCACACACGAUGUUCCCUUGGGAUAUCCAGGCGCGUGGAGAGAGGCGAUUGGCUGUCUAGGGAACCAGCUUAUCAUCCUAACGAAAAAUCCCGGGCCUUGUGAUUUCGUCCUACGAAGUCCACACUAUCGUCAGAUCGUGACAGACUGACGGACGGACGGACGGACGGGCUGACGGACGGACUGAUGGACGGACUGACGGACGGACUGACUGGCGGACGGACGGACGGACUGACUGACGGACAGACUGACGGACAGACUGACGGACAGACUGACGGACUGACGGACUGACGGACGGAUGUCAGUAACGAAAAAAAAACACAACAAAAAAACGAGCAUUUGCAGAGCCUUGACAUGUGCGUGGUUGACAUGUGCGUGGUUGACAUGUGUGUGGUUGACAUGUGCGUGGUUGACAUGUGCCUGGUUGACAUAUGCGUGGUUGACAUGAGCGUGGUUGACAUGUGCGUGGUUGACAUGUGCGUGGUUGACAUGAGCGUGGUUGACAUGUGCGUGGUUGAUAUGUGCGUGGUUGGCAUUUGCGUGGUUGACAUGUGCGUGGUUGACAUGUGCGUGGUUGACAUGUGCGUGGUUGACAUGUGCGUGGUUGACAUGUGCGUGGUUGACAUGUGCGUGGUUGACAUGUGCGUGGUUGACAUGUGCGUGGUAUGUGCGUGGUUGAGAUGUGCGUGGUUGACAUGUGCGUGGUUGACAUGUGCGUGGUUGACAUGUGCGUGGUUGACAUGUGCGUGGUUGAUAUGUGCGUGGUUGGCAUGUGCGUGGUUGACAUGUGCGUGGUUGAGAUGUGCGUGGUUGACAUGUGCGUGGUUGAGAUAUGCGUGGUUGACAUGUGCGUGGCACAUCCGGGUUGGCAGUAGUUUUACCAACGUUUGACGCAUGUAAUAUUUUUUAAGAUUUUUAAAUCACUAUUUAUGUCAUCGUUGUGACGUCACCAUGGGAGCUUGGCCUCACUUCCGUCCCCAUUCCCUCACUAUUUUAGCACCCCACCCUGUUUACUUUCUCUGUUCCGCCCCUGGCACGGUGUAGAUGAAAGCUACGUGAAAGUAUCGACCUGACCGACUCUGGGGCCAGGACUAAUUGAAUGAACUUUAUAAACUGCCCUGUGUUUCAACCAAUCAAAUCUCUUUAUGUGUUCCCAUUAACCACUCUUAACAUAGUUUGCUUUCAUGCACUCUUGAUGUACUAUUGACAAGUUUGCAUUGAGUUCUUGGUGUACUAUUGACAAGUUUACAUUGAGGUCUUGAUGUACUAUUGACAAGUUUACAUUGAGGUCUUGGUGUACUAUUGACAAGUUUACAUUGAGGUCUUUAUGUACUAUUGACAAGUUUGCAUUGAGGUCUUGGUGUACUAUUGACAAGUUUACAUUGAGGUCUUGAUGUACUAUUGACAAGUUUACAUUGAGAUCUUGCUGUAAGGCUGACAAGUAUUGACACGCAAACUAUAUGCAAACAAUAUAACAAAGCUACAUCCAGACAAUAGAACCAAACAGCCGGACAUUAUAAUAAAACAACUUCCAGACAAUAGAACCAAACAGCCGGACAUUAUAAUAAAACAACUUCCAGACAAUAGAACCAAACAGCCGGACAUUAUAAUAAAACAACUUACAGACAAUAGAACCAAACAGCCGGACAUUAUAAUAAAAUACCAGACAAUAGAACCAAACAGCCAGACAUUAUAAUAAACCAAGUAGGUCUGUUAUCUUGGUUUGUCGGCCUGUAAUAUUAUUUGGUUGUUCCAGACAAUAGAACCAAACAGCCGGACAUUAUAAUAAACCAACAUCCAGACAAUAGAACCAAACAGCCGGACAUUAUAAUAAACCAACAUCCAGACAAUAGAACCAAACAGCCGGACAUUAUAAACUCAUAUCUCACCUGACCCACCAAAUCCCCCAAAACAUCAAGUACCGGUCAGUGUUAUGUGAUUUGGUCGAUCAAUCCAACUCUCAAAGCAAAACAUGAUAAUGGUCCAUAUUUACAUAUCAGCUCUCUUACAAAUCUCAUAAUGCGUAAAUGUCAGCUCUCUUACAGUUCUCGUGAUGAGUUACUAGCAGCUCUCUAACAAAUCUCAUAAUGAGUUGGUAUCAGCCAGCAGAUCGCGUGAGUUAGCAUCAGUUCUCUAAACAAAUCUCUUAAUCGGUUGUUAACGUCAGCCCUCUAACAAACAAAUGACAUUUUUGCACAGCAGCGGCCAACUCAAUGAAAGAGGAUCGCCCCCCCCCCCCUUGUUCUUGCAGAAAUGCUUGGGUGUUCUGGGGUUUCUCAAAUGUCUGAAGAAACCAAUAUUUUGAGUUGUGUUGUUAUCUCUAUAAACAUUCAUUUGAUAUUACCAAUGCAAUGCUUCCAAGAUUUCUUAAGACCACUGAUCCCUGAGGCAACCCGACGCUCAAACCCCACCCCCGGGGUCCCCCCCCCCCACGCCCGGUCCCCAUCCCACCGCAUGUAGUAUUGAAAAAUAAUAAUUGAUGAGCCGUUAUUAAAACGUUGCCGUAAAAGAAAAUGGUUGCCGUCAAUAAGGGAGCGAAUCACUUGACGACAAACACGCCACAAAUCUUCUUUUAAUCCUUUUAGUUCUGUGAGAGAGAAAAUGUGACGUCAUAAAGUUUUCGGCUCAACUUGGACCUUCCAACGAUUUCUUGAUGACCUCUUACCUUCCAACGUCCUCUGGAACACCUCUUACUUCCCAACUUCCUCUUGAAGACCUCUUGACUUCAAACGUCCUCUUGAAGACCUCUUGACUUCAAACGUCCUCUUGAAAACCUCUUACCUUCCAACGUCCUCUUGAAGACCUCUUAACUUCCAACGUCCACUUGUAGACCUUGUACCUUCCAGCGUCCUCUUGAAGACCUCUUACCUUCCAACGUUCUCUUGAUGAUCUCUUACUUCCAAAAAAGUCCUCUUCAAGACCUCUUACCCUUCAACGACAAGUCCCUCGCCCCUCCCCCCCCCCACACACACACACUCCAAAGAUAAACAUAUUAAAAAUAAAAAGUUAUAAUAAUCUUUCGGUAAUUGUGUCAAAACAUUAAUCUAAUCCAGACCUGCACAGCAUGCAUGCGGCCUGCGGGCUGCAUGCGGCCUGCCAGCACCCACUUUUGCGGCCCGCGAAGUACGAAAUAUUUUUUUUUUCGUAUUAUUUUUUCUUAAUAGCUUUUCCCCCUGUCCUAUUUUGUUUCGACCUGCAUAAGUUUUUCAUAAAGUAUUACGGCCCGCCUUACAAAUUGAGUUGUGCAGGUCUGAUCUAGGCGGAUUAUAAAAUCUGGUCUAGAGGCCGACUCAGCGUCCUCCUUAAUUAAGUUGUUAUAUUAUAAAACAUUUGCCAAUUUACAACAAUUUUUACAAUUUAUCAUAAAUGAAAUGUCCAUAUAGAACACUUUAUACAAUAUUUCAUAAAAAUAAGUGUCAAUUUACAAAAUUGUAUACAAUGUAUCAUAAAACAAGUGUCAAUUUACAACACUUUAUACUAUUUUUAAUAAAAAAAACAAAGGGUUAAUUUACAACACUUUAUACAAUGUUUCAGUAAACAAGGGUCAAUUAACAACACUUUAUACAGUAUUUCAUAAAAAGUGUAAAUUUUUCAACUUGAUACAAUGUAUCAUAAAACAAGUGUCAAUUUUUCAACUUGAUACAAUGUAUCAUAAAACAAGUGUCAAUUUUUCAACUUGAUACAAUGUAUCAUAAAACAAGUGUCAAUUUGUCAACUUGAUACAAUGUAUCAUAAAACAAGUGUCAAUUUUUCAACUUGAUACAAUGUAUCAUAAAACAAGUGUCAAUUUUUCAACUUGAUACAAUGUAUCAUAAAACAAGUGUCAAUUUGUCAACUUGAUACAAUGUAUCAUAAAACAAGUGUCAAUUUUUCAACUUGAUACAAUGUAUCAUAAAACAAGUGUUCAUUUACAAUAUCUUAUUUAAUGAACCAUUCAUAAAUCAAGUGCUAAACAUGCGCACAGUGUUAGUCCAGGUGUAAGCGUCACUGGACGGUCUAUAAUCUCAUUGAGCAGUUUCUACACAGUUAUAAGUUCUAAAUCCAGGGUUGCCUAUGUCUGACCCCCUAAAAGCUGUCUGCCAUUGAUUGAAGCGCCUGUCAUUUGACCGACGGUUCUAAUUGAAUCUUUGUUUUCCAUAAUAUAAUGGCGAGGAAAAAAAAAAUGUCAUUACAAUUUUUGUUACACCUAUCAGCCAUGGAGACUCAAGUCAAAUGUGUCAUGUGAUGCCAUGUGAUGCCAUGUGAUGCCAUGUGAUGCCAUGGGAUGCCAUGGGAUGCCAUGUGAUACCAUGGGAUGCCAUGUGAUGCCAUGUGAUGCCAUGUGAUGCCAUGUGAUGCCAUGGGAUGCCAUGUGAUGCCAUGGGAUGCAAUGUGAUGCCAUGUGAUGCCAUGGGAUGCUAUUGUAUGUUAUGUCAUGUGAUGCAAUGUUAUGUCAUGUUAUGCCAUGUGAUGCCAUGGGAUGCCAUGUGAUGCCAUGGGAUGCAAUGUGAUGCCAUGUGAUGCCAUGGGAUGCAAUGUGAUGCCAUGUGAUGCCAUGUGAUGCCAUGUGAUGCCAUGGGAUGCAAUGUGAUGCCAUGUGAUGCCAUGGGAUCUCUUAAAUUUAAGUACAAACCGGUAUUACUAUUAAAACUCAAACGUUAUUGGAAGUUUUUGUGUGCUAUCCACGAUAUCCAUAACAAUGCCCCCACCCCCGCAGAUUUGGCGUUUUUUGUAGGCUAUCCACGAUAUGGAUUGUCACAAACCAGUCCAAAAUAAAUAAAAAAAAUUUUAAAUCUGAAAAUGAGAAGAUGAACAGUUUGUCUACCAACUCUAUAAAACUCAGUGCGACUAUGUGACUACUUAGUUUGUUGAUGGAGCGAUCAAUCGCAAGACCGAACAACGGAUCGCAUCCAAAUUUGACACGGUCAUUCCUCCCGUUCCACUGAUGGUACCUGCAAGGUUUGGUCACAAUCCCCUAAUCACAAAAGCUGUCAUUUGGAAAAUAGUCAAACGUAGAGGGUAGAGAGUAAAAGAAAAAAAAAAUUUUUUUUGAACGGCUUCCAGGGACGAUCACGUUAAGUUAUGUGUGGUGAACGUGUUUGUUUGUUUGUUUGUUUGUUUGUUUGUUUGUUUGUUUGUUUGUUUGUUUGUUAACUUUUAUUUAGGGCGGUGCGCUUUCAAACUUCUUUUAAAGGAAAAGUUUUCGGUGCGCUUUCGUUUGGUACACUCAUUAUAUAUGUAUAAGGAUGAGCUAGGCUGACGAUGCAACGCUAAAGAAACCAGUUCAUUUAGAUACGUUCGGAUUUUUACAAACAAUGUUAGUGAUUUUCUAUUAUUUUUCAAAAAUCGAAUAAUUUUAAAUGCGCCAAAAAUAAAAUUUUAUUUUAGUUUUAACUUCAGUAUAUGUUUAAGCAUUAUCAUUUUAAAUUGCAAAUACAUAAAAAAAUAACAAUUAAACAGUUAUUUUAAGCAUUUUAUCGGAAUUUGAACUUUAUGAUCUUUUCAUCAAUAAAUUGUGAUACAAGAAUUAUUUUUAUUAAAUUAUAAUCACACUUAUCGGGAAAAAAACCAAACAUCUGUUGUUUUUUUUUAGUUUCUUGCUAAUUUUGCGAAAUCAAAUGAAAAAUAAUUUGAUCUAAAUAUUUUCAAACAAUGUCAAAUUAAAAUUUUCGAUUGAACUCAAAUUUUAAAAAAAAAACUAAUUAAUUUCAUUGCAACAAAAUUUAAACUUUUUCUUUUCGGCUGUGCCAAGCUUUGAAUAUUAACUAAAACGGGAUCGUCGGGCAUAUAUUCAAUGUUUACUGUUCCAAAAAGUCUAUUAUUAUAAAUAUUGCUUUUUAUAUGAGGAAAUUGAUAAUGUAGCCAAGUGUUUUUAACAGGGCCCCACUUUUACGUGUAAGCUGAUAAUGCUUUCGAGUUAUUUAUUUUUUUCAGAAUAGAAAGACGAGCAAAAACGGGUAUAUUGGCUAGUGAAUAAUAUUCUUGAGACAAUCUGGCCACUCAUAGGCCUAACUAUUGAAAGAAGAAACAUUUUAUUGUCUUAUUUAUUAGCCAAUCGGUGGAGAGAAAAUUUUGAAGAGUGCACACUGUGUCUUCCAAUAACGCCUCAUCGUAUUACGUUUCAUAAAUUUGUUUUGUUUCAUGUAUUUUGGUGCAAUUAGUUUUUUUAAAACCUUUUUUAUGUUUUAUUAACAGGCGAACAAAUGUUACUCGAGAAACGAUUUUUACAGUUGUUUUACCCAUAAGUUAAUCUAAUCCUAUAUAUAAAUAUAUAUAUAUUAAUUUUUUGGUCAUUAGGAGAAGAAACAAUAUACGUACACAAUUUUAAUGUAACAAUUUUUUUUAUAAAAUAAUGUUGUAAUCAAAAUUAAAGUGUCUAGUGUUAUGCGGGGGUCAAGAGGGGGGGGGGCAAUUUUAUUUCUGACUGUGUCGAUGGACUUCAAUUGUUUGCAUUUAAUAUAUCUGACUGGUUUGAUUGACUUCAAUGGUUGGCAUUUAAUUUAUCUGACUGUGUUGAUUAACUUGAAUGGUUGGCAUUUAAUAUAUCUGACUGGGUUGAUUGACUUCAAUGGUUGGCAUGAAAUACAUCUGACUGGGUUGAUGGACUUCAAUGGUUGGCAUGAAAUAUAUCUUACUGGGUUGAUGGACUUCAAUGGUUGGCAUGAAAUAUAUCUUACUGGGUUGAUGGACUUCAAUAGUUGGCAUGAAAUACAUCUGACUGGGUUGAUGGACUUCAAUGGUUGGCAUGAAAUAUAUCUGACUGGGUUGAUGGACUUCAAAAUCAAUGGUUGACAUUUAAUAUAUCUGACUGUGAUUAAAUGGUUCCAAGGGUUGAUGUUAAUAUCUGAAACUAUUUGUCAAAUGAUCAACCGAUGAAUUAAUCUGACUGGGUUGAUUGAAUUCUACAGUCUAUACAUAACGACGAUUGGAUGUCAGUGCAUCUCACACUAUUAAUUUUUGACCACUCGAUUUAGGUGGACGUUCCUUCGCAAUAUUGACGACGUUAGCUGUUGAAGAAAUUGAUUAAGUUGACUCCUGUGCAUAUGACAAGUCAAUUGAAGAAUUUAAAUUUAUAGAGAGAAUCUCGUCCCUCUCCCCCGUACACAGUGAUGAGGCCACGACAGGCAGUUCCGGCUAAUAUAAAACAAGAACUCAGUACAUGAUCUCCUCAUUCCUACCAAAGACAAUCAGGGGCUGGAACAAGCUUCCAAAAGAAGCAGUUGAGGCGACUACACUCGACACAUUUGCGUCUAUUGUCUCCUGCCUUCCCACCCGCAGUUCAUAAUACCAUGGCUAAGUCGCCCUUCGCGACCAGUGCAGUAUACCCUUCAAAACCCAUGCACAGUUACAUCGCGACCCCCCUUCCCCCCAAGCAUUCGAAGUUAUAUAUAUAUAUAUAUAUAUAUAUAUAUAUAUAUAUAUAUAUAUAUAUAUAUAUAUAUAUAUAUAUAUAUAUUAUGAAUCAAGCCACGACGCAGCUGAGUUUCUUAUGUUCUCCAUAAACAAAUCGCUUUAUUUCCAUCAAACUUCAACAGCUAACCCGAAAUGAACAACACUUCUUUUGUCUGCCUUCAGCAGUUGCCUGAUGUCUGUUAUCGUUUCUUUGACUCGUGUUUAACAGAUGUUAGAUUCACGUGUCGGUAUGAUACUUGUUUUCCUGACUUCUGUUUGAUGCGUGUAAGAUGCACGUGUAAGAGUGUGGUCCAUGUUUACAUCCCUCCCCCUUGAUUUUACUAUGACGUUUAAAACAGGGAACAAACUAACAUAUAUAUUCUGGUUAGGGUCUGAGAUUUCUCUCUUAUGACCCCGGCUAGUACAUUGGCUACCAGCUCCAUCUGUUGAGGUCAGCAAUAUGACAUUUUACUCACGAAGGCCUUCCCACCGUCCUGACUUCCCCCGAAAUAUCUUGUGAGAGCCUUUCGGUCAAUAGAUACGCUAAUGUUUCCGGGACCAGGCUGCAAUGACGGCAGGUAGGGUCCUUGUUAUUAACUAGCCGCCAGAAGUAUUUGCCGAUAGGGCAGUGCACUGUGCACAUCUGUGUAACUAGACUCUGCUGCCUGCGACGGAACCCCCACCAUUGGGUCUUGUCUUAAAAAACAGGGAACUAAACCAAGAGAUGUGUUUCUGGAGAUGGGCAAGCAAGACAAGAUGGCUACGGUAGAUGCCUGUACUGCAGGUGGAUGUGAUUUGAACGGACCCCCAUCUGAUGGCAGUCUGUUUCGACAUCAUCCAUCUAUCUGAUGGCAGUGGGUCUCCACAUCAGUCAUCCAUCUGAUGGCAGUCUGUCUCCACGUCAUUCAUCCAUCUGAUGUCAGUCUGUAUCCACAUCAUUCAUCCAUCUGAUGUCAGUCUGUCUCCACAUCAUUCAUCCAUCUGAUGUCAGUCUGUAUCCACAUCAUUCAUCCAUCUGAUGUCAGUCUGUCUCCACAUCAUUCAUCCAUCUGAUGUCAGUCUGUAUCCACAUCAUUCAUCCAUCUGAUGUCAGUCUGUCUCCACAUCAUUCAUCCAUCUGAUGUCAGUCUGUCUCCACAUCAUUCAUCCAUCUGAUGUCAGUCUGUCUCCACAUCAUUCAUCCAUCUCAGUAUUUUUCAGUCGGUGAGGCAUCUGUCUCUUGGUUCCGGAAGGCAGUGAUUCUCCAUCCAUCAUUAUGAGGUACAGCCCCGUAUGAUUUUGCGAUGUUUGUACUGUCCCGGGUAUUUAGCCGAGUAUUUAGCCGGGUAUUCAGCCGAGUUUCAGCCGGGUAUUGAGCAGAUAUUCAGCUUUCUUGUUGAGCGUGGGGAUCCCUGUGUUUUGAAAGGCGGAGUCGAUUAUUUAUGUUUCAUUUCUUUAGUUUUGGGUACGUUUCAAGAUCGUUGAGAAAACAGAGCAGCUAGCCCCCUGGUGGCGCCUUCUCUUUCUUCAGUGGUCCGUUCCGUAGUGUAAGCCGACACAAAGCAACAGAAACAUCAACUUCAAAGGUCUAGUUCAGCAAGUUGAAAUUAAGCAACCCUUAAAAGCAAAGUUUCUCUUUUCAAUCAUUUACAGCCAUUAUUUUAUGAUAUAUGAAUAUUCUAAUGUCCCACUCGCUUUUACACCGUAGAUUUAUUUUACUACUUCAUUAAAACAAACGAGAAUAUGACGCGCCAAACGCGCUUGCAAUAUUUUUAUUUAAAGUAUCUCAUUUAGCGCAGUUAACAGGAAUUUUAUUUCGUGAAAUCAUUGGCAUUAUAUUUCCUAUAUCUUCCUCUUGAAAUACGGUGAAAACUGAUUUUUUUUUUUUUUGGGGGGGGGGGGGGGGGGCUUAAAAUGUAAAAGAAUGUGUUGCUAUCGGCAUCGAGUGUAUGCACCAAGUGUCGGCUCAAUAGGUUGACGGGAAGUGGGUCAUUUAGCCGUCCAUAUAUUUUGCCAGCCAGACACGAACAAAAGCGAAGUUAAUAGAAAGGAUUUAAAAAUAGUAAACUCAACAGUCAAUGUUGCCACGCAGUGAAUUUGACAACCUUGUCACUGUCAAUAUUGGCUCACAGUGAAUUUGACAACCCUUUCACUGUCAAUAUUGGCUCACAGUGAAUUUGACAUCCCUUUCACUGUCAAUAUUGGCUCACAGUGAAUUUGACAACCCUUUCACUGUCAAUAUUGGCUCACAGUGAAUUUGAUAUCGCUGUCACUGUCAAUAUUGGCUCACAGUGAAUUUUACAUCCCUUUCACUGUCAAUAUUGGCUCACAGUGAAAUUGACAACCCUUUCACUGUCAAUAUUGGCUCACAGUGAAUUUGACAACUCUUUCACUGUCAAUAUUGGCUCACAGUGAAUUUGACAUCCCUUUCACUGUCAAUAUUGGCUCACAGUGAAUCUGACAUCCCUUUCACUGUCAAUAUUGGCUCACAGUGAAUUUGACAACCCUUUCACUGUCAAUAUUGGCUCACAGUGAAUUUGACAACCCUUUCACUGUCAAUAUUGGCUCACAGUGAAUUUGAUAUCGCUGUCACUGUCAAUAUUAGCUCACAGUGAAUUUGACAACCCUUUCACUGUCAAUAUUGGCUCACAGUGAAUUUGACAUCCCUUUCACUGUCAAUAUUGGCUCACAGUGAAUUUGACAUCCCUGUCACUGUCAAUAUUGGCUCACAGUGAAUUUGACACAUCUCUUUCACAUUCAAUGUUGACACACAGUGAAUUAGACAUCGCUUCCAUGGUCCCUGUUGACAUACAGUGUAUUAGACAUCUCUUUCACCGUUAAUAUUGACACACAGUGAAUUAAACAAACUUAAACGGACCAACCUGAUAUCUUGUUAAAGAAUAUAAACCAAUUUUUUUCUUCUUAGCCAUCCUACCCCUAGAAUUGCAUCACUGUAGCUAAGAUACCAUAACCCCCUCAAAAUCCAUUCCAUACUUCUGCUUUUUAUUGAAAGACGCUCCACAUAUAAAGCAGACACAUAAUAGUAUACACAUAUUUUUCGGUGCCCAGACAUAUAAAUUAAACAUAGUGUAUUCCGUGUAGCUUUUUGUUUAAGAUGACUUGAUAGACUGCACUGGUAGAUCCCCACAUAACAGUGUGGAGGUGAUUGGCCGUCGGGGAAUCCCAGAUGAUAUCCAGACAUCCGCCGUGGAAUUGAAAUGAUUGCCAGUCUCGGCAGCUUCGCGAGCUGUGGUGGGGCAGGGAGAUAUAGGCCAGGAAAAGACACACGAGUCGCUUCACCUUUGGCUGAUGAACCACCACACGAGUCGUGUCGGUGACGCUUACACCACUGCAGACUUGGCGGGGGGAAUAAAGAGACCGGGCCCAGACAGCUUGACCAGAGUGGACGGUUUCGUGUCACGUUUUGAGUACGGGUGUUAGAACAAACGUUUCUGUGAAUGAUACACGGCGUGGCUUCAAGGACACAGACCUUUGCUGUAAGGACACACAGGUUAGCUGUAAGGACACACAUUUUGGCUGUAAGGACACACAGCGUGGCUUCAACGACACAGACCUUUGAUGUAAGGAUACAUAGGUUAGGUGUAAGGAGUCACACCUUGGCUGUAAGGACAUACAGUUUGGCUGCAAGGACACACAACUUAGCUGUAAGGACACACAUCUUGGCUGUAAGGACACACAGCGUGGCUUAAACGACACAGACCUUUGAUGUAAGGAUACAUAGGUUAGGUGUAAGGACUCACAACUUGGCUGUAAGGAUAUACAGUUUGGCUGCAAUGACACACAACUUAGCGGUGAGAACACACAAAUUAGCUGUAAGGACACACAGCUUAGCUGUAAGGACACACAACUUAGCUGUAAGGACACACAACUUAGCGGUGAGAACACACAACUUAGCUGUAAGGACACGCAACUUACCUGUAAGGACACACAACUUAGCUGUAAGGACACAAUUUAGCUGUAAGGAAACACAACUUAGCUGCAAUGACACACAACUUAGCGGUGAGAACACACAAAUUAGCUGUAAGGACACACAACUUAGCCGUAAGGACACACAACACAACUUAGCCGUAACGAUACACAACUUGGCUGUAAGGAGGCACACUCUGAUGGACGCAUCAUGCUUAGACGUAAGGAGAAGCAGCUUAGUUUCCAGGACAUAUAUACAGGCAUAUAGUCAGGCAUAACGAUAGACAUAAAUAUAGUUAUCAAGAUAGACAAAAAGAUAGACAAAAAGAUAGAAAUAAAGAUAGAAUUAAAGAUAGGCAUAAAGAUAAUCAUAAAUAUUGACAUCAAGAUACACAUAAAGAUUGAAAUAAAGAUAGAAUUCCUUUAGAUGUCAUAUUGAAGUGACCAACUUUUCUCAACUCUGAAUUUUCUUCAUCUUAGUAUUGGUUUUGAAUACAGGUGUCAUCAUCCAAGCUUGAGCCUUUAAUCUGUUCACAGGAAAUACAAGCAAAUAAUAGUAGACAUUAUAAGCUGUACAUUUACGGCUUAUAAAUACAUUGCAGGUUUAUCCAUACAAUAUGCCUUAUGAAAUAGCUGUUAGAUAUGGAUUAUUGAACAAUUCUGAAGUACUCCCACACAGUUCAUAACUAUAACACUGUUUCAACUCACUUCACUUUUACAAACUGGCCCCCACUCUACGCAAGGCUAACUAAGAAAUAGGUGUGUACUAUGAUCUUUUACAAACUGACAGCUACACAAAACAAGUCUAGCUAAGGAAUAAGUGUAUUCUAUGAUCUUUUACAAACUGAGAGCUACACAAAAAGGGCCUAACUAAGGAAUAAGUAUAUUCUAUGAUCUUUUACAAACUGACAGCUAAACAAAAAGGGCCUAAUUAAGGAAUACGUGUAUUCUAUGAUCUUUUACAAACUGACAGCUACACAAAAAGGGCCUAACUAAGGAAUACGUGUAAUCUAUGAUCUUUUACAAACUGACAGCUACACAAAAAGGGCCUAACUAAGGAAUACGUGUAUUCUAUGAUCUUUUACAAACUGACAGCUACACAAAAAGGGCCUAACUAAGGAAUACGUGUAUUCUAUGAUCUUUUACAAACUGACAGCUACACAAAAAGGGCCUAACUAAGGAAUACGUGUAUUCUAUGAUCUUUUACAAACUGACAGCUACACAAAAAGGGCCUAACUAAGGAAUACGUGUAUUCUAUGAUCUUUUACAAACUGACAGCUACACAAAAAGGGCCUAACUAAGGAAUACGUGUAUUCUAUGAUCUUUUACAAACUGACAGCUACACAAAAAGGGCCUAACUAAGGAAUACGUGUAUUNGGGGGGGGGGGGGGGUAUAAUUGUUGACAAUAUUUUGUCAUGAUUAAUUUUAAAUAUAGGAAGUAUAGAGAAACAUUUGCAUUCCUUGUUGCUGGACUCCAAUAAAAACUGUUUUGUCGGCAUCCGUCACAAUGUGACGAUGGUGUGGACUUCGCAGGACGGACUCCACAAGGCCUGGGACUGUUCUUCUAUGAUUAUAAGCUUGUUCCCAACAGCAAAUCGCCUCUCUUCACGCAGCUUUUUAGACCCAAGGGAACAUCAUACGUGGAUGAUACGUUUUGGCACCAGUGGCGUCGCCGGAGUUGUCGGAAUGUUCCAUUGUACUAAUGUUAUUAUUAAUUUUCAUAUCACUUAAAUGUUGUUGGUUUUUUCCAAGUUUUUUUUUUUUUUUUUUCGCAUGCAAUUCCGGGCAACGCCAUACAGAGAUACAGUACUUCCGGUUGUCAACAAGAUGGCAGAUUUGCACAUUUGCGUGUACAGAAAUUGAUUUAAAAAGCGAGAAAGCGCUGAAUAAAUAUUGAUAUAAAUAUAUAAAAUCAAUGCGGGAAGCUAGGGUAAGACUACGGGAGUAAACCCAAACUGUAAAAUCCGGAGAUGGAGUCCGGAAGUCGAUCUGACGCAGAUACCCAUGUCAUUUCGGCCACUCCUGCGACGCAGUUAGUGCCACGUUGUAUUGACAGUUGUCAUUCCCUUGGAUGCACCGGCUGGCGUUGGUGUGUGUUGAUCUGCUGCAUUGGGCAACAGGUGGUCUCCAUAAAUCACACCGCCCAGGCUAAGUCGCUGCACCUGUGACGUCCCUUCACGAGGAGCAGAGCUGUUAGGUAAAGCAAGGAAGGUGUUUAGAAGGAAGACUCCGCCACUUCGCCUCGCAACAUGGAAUGUGAGCAAAAGGGUACAAAGUGCUCGAAACGAAGCUCUUGCAACAAAAAGAGCGAUACGGGAGGCCUAAUCUAUCCAGGAGGCCUAAUCUAUCCAGGAGGCCUAAUCUAUCCAGGAGCCUAGUGAUCCAUUUGUUGAAGCGUACACACGUAUGCUUAACACAUGAGUUUCAUAAGCAAAUUGAUUGGAUCAGUGUGCCCCCCCCCCCACCCCCACUUGUCUUUGUCUCCUCAUUAGUGAGUUGGUGUUCAUCACGUAGAUAGAUCGUUCUAGCCCUCAUCAGUGUUCAACUCAAUUAUUGCACGACUUUAGCGUGUUUUUUGCCAUUGAUUUCGUGGAGCGCGGUAAUCUGGUGUGAGGACCCUCGUGUCAUUUAACAACUAGGUUAAAAGUGUCAGAAUUCUUGCAUGAGAAGAGAUGGGAAGUAACUUAGGAUGGUAUUUGAUGAAGUAAAAGGGAUUAUGAGAAACUGAAUUGUUUGAAAGUUGGUCGGUUAAAUGGUUGGUCGGUGAAAUGGUUAGUCGGUGAAAUAGUUGUUCGGUGAAAUAGUUGUUCGAUGAAAUAGCUGGUCGGUUAAAUGGUUGGUCGGCGAAAUGGUUAGUCGGUGACAUAGUUGAUCGGUGAAAUAGUUGUUCGGUGAAAUAAUUGUUCGGUGAAAUAGUUGUUCGGUGAAAUAAUUGUUCGGUGAAAUAGUUGUUCGGUGAAAUAGCUGGUCGGUGUAAUCGUUGGUCGGCGAAAUAACUGGUCGGUUAAAUGGUUGGACGGCGAAAUGGUUAGUCGGUGAAAUAGUUGAUCGGUGAAAUAGUUGUUCGGUGAAAUAGUUGUUCGGUGAAAUAGCUGGUCGGUGUAAUGGUUGUUCGGUGAAAUAACUGGUCGGUGUAACGGUUGGUCGGUGAAAUAACUGGUUGGUGGAACGGUUGGUCGGUGAAAUAACUGGUCGGUGUAACGGUUGGUCGGUGAAAUAACUGGUCGGUGUAAUGGUUGGUAAGUGAAAUAGCUGGUCGGUGUAAUGGUUGGUCGGUGAAAUAGCUGGUCGGUGUAAUGGUUGGUCGGUGAAAUAGCUGGUCGAUGUAAUGGUUGGUUGGUGAAAUAGCUGGUCGGUGUAAUGGUUGGUUGGUGAAAUAGCUGAUCGGUGUAAUGGUUGGUCGGUGAAAUAGCUGGUCGGUGUAACGGUUGGUCGGUGAAAUAGCUGAUCGGUUAACUAGUUGGUCGGUAAAGUAGUUGGUUGGUGAAGUAGUUGGUCGGUGAACUAGUUGGUUGGUGAACUAGUUGGUUGGUGAACUAGUUGGUCGGUAAAGUAGUUGGUUGGUGAACUAGUCGGUUGGUGAACUAGUUGGUCGGUGAACUAGUUGGUCGGUGAACUAGUUGGUUGGUGAACUAGUUGGUCGGUAAAUUAGUUGGUUGGUGAACUAGUUGGUUGGUGAACUAGUUGGUUGGUGAACUGGUUGGUCGGUAAAGUAGUUGGUUGGUGAACUAGUUGGUUGGUGAACUAGUUGGUUGGUGAACUGGUUGGUCGGUAAAGUAGUUGGUUGGUGAGAAGGUUAUAAAGGUGAGAAAGCGUUGUGGCACACAAGAUAUCGAAGUUACAUGAUGAGGUGUGAUUGAGGGAAUGGGACAAAGAUAAGCAGAAGAAGAGGGUGAUGGGUUGGUACAAGGAUAGAGAGAAGUGGGCGAGGGAAUAAGAGAAACAUAAGGAGAAGAAUUUAGUGAGAGGUUGAUAGGAGAAUAAGGAGAAGAGGGGAACACGUUAUUGCAGGAGUGAAUGCAAGAUAGAGAAGAGUCCAUGAUGGGGACAUAUUAUUAUGUUUGAGUUUAUAAAAGGAACUGCCUCACCGGUCAUACGGCGGGACUACCUCAUCAAUCAUAUGGCGGGACUAACUCACAAAUGAUAUGGGGGGACUACCUCACCAAUCAUAUGGCGGGACUACCUCACAAAUGAUAUGGCGGGACUACCUCACAAAUGAUAUGGCGGGACUACCUCACAAAUGAUAUGGCGGGACUAACUCGCAAAUGAUAUGGGGGGACUACCUCACCAAUCAUAUGGCGGGACUACCUCACAAAUGAUAUGGCGGGACUACCUUACAAAUGAUAUGUUGGCGGGACUACCUCACAAAUGAUAUGGCGGGACUACCUCACAAAUGAUAUGGCGGGACUAACUCGCAAAUGAUAUGGGGGGACUACCUCACCAAUGAUAUGGCGGGACUACCUCACAAAUGAUAUGGCGGGACUACCUCACAAAUGAUAUGGCGGGACUACCUCACAAAUGAUAUGGCGGGACUACCUCACAAAUGAUAUGGCGGGACUACCUCACCAAUCAUAUGGCGGGACUACCUCACCAAUCAUAUGGCGGGACUACCUCACCAAUCAUAUGGCGGGACUACCUCACCAAUCAUAUGGCGGGACUACCUCACCAAUCCUAUAGCAGGAUCAGCUCACCUAUAUUUUUCGGGACUAUCUCACAAAUUAUAAAGAUUGUUGGGGAAAAUUGUAUCCACAUAAAUGAAAGCAUGUCAACAUAAAUGACAGCAAAUCAACAUAAAUGACAGCAUAUCAACAGACGGAACAACUCGACCUUGUUGCAAGUCAACCAUCCUAAUGAAGAGUACAGACCGGCGGUCCCCCCAAAUGGUGGUCCGUGGAACGGAAUCGGUCCAGGAGCCUUAAGGUAAGGGACCGGUCAUAAAACAUGAACAUUGUACGGUCGAAUAAAAAGAUAAUAUCAAUAAUAAAAUCCCAGAGCACGUUUAUUUAAAACAUGUCCGCGGGUCCGCCAAUAUUAAGACAUGUUAAAACGCUUCUACAGACAAUGUUUUAUCAUGGGACUUUUAUGACGUAACGUCAAGCAUCGAAGGAGAAAAAAAAAGCGAUGGUUAUCUGCUCUUUGAAGAUCAACCAAUUAAAAACAGAUGCAUUAUGGAUAACACGCUUACUAAGUGGACGUCCAAGUACCAACCCCAUAUCUGGCCACCCACGCCAUCUAGGACUCUGUUGAUGACCAGUCCUUGAGAAGUGGACAGCUGCCGACAACUCGGCCAGAGAUCGAAUGUUUCAACAGGAGUUAUCCCCCAGCCCCACUAAAAGAAUUAUUUACACCAAUAUGUGGCGACCCAUUCUGGCAAGUGGGACCGUGGGCGACCCAUCCUGGCAAGUGGGACCGUGCGGAAGUCGGGGUUUAUUUUGUCAUCUUUUAGUCUUAGAAGUAGGACAAGUAGGACAUUUAGGACAAGUUGAAACUCUGUGGUCAUGAAACCAUGAGUGUCCUUUUCAAACUUGCUUUAUCGAUCGAGAAUGAGGAAGUCUAGGAUGGAGAAGUAAAGAUGGAGAGGUCAAGGAUGGAGAGGUCAGGAAUGGAGAUGUCAAGGAUGGAGAGGUCAAGAAUAGAGUUUAAGGAUGGAGAGGUCAAAGAUGGAGAGGUCACGGGUGGAGAGGUUAAGGAUUGAGAUGUUAAGAUGGAGAGGUCAUGGAUUGAGAGGUCAAGGAUGGAGAGGUCAAGGUCCAAAAUAGAGAUUUCAAGGGUUGCGUGGUCGAGGAUUGCAAGUUGGAGAGGUCAAGAAUGAAGAGAUUUAGGGUGGAUAGGUCAAGGAUGGGGAGGUUAAGGAUGAAGAGGUCUUGUAUGGAGAGGUAAAUGAUUGAGAGCUAAAGGAAACAAAAUUAGUCUGUCUUUUUUUUUUUUCCAAAAUCGCUCUAUCAAUCAGACGUGAGAAUAGGGGCUUAGAUAAGUGUUUGUAGCUUGAGGUGUAGGAACAAUGGACAACAGAUAACUCUCCAGUUAGUGGCAGAUAACUCUCCAGUCAGUGGCAGAUAACUCUCAGUCAGUGGCCGAUAGCGCUCCAGUUAGUGGCAGAUAACUCUCCAGUCAGUGGCCGAUAACUCUCCAGUUAGUGGCAGAUAACUCUCAAUCAGUGGCCGAUAACGCUCCAGUUAGUGGCAGAUAACUCUCCAGUCAGUAGCAGAUAACUCUCCAGUUAGUGGCAGAUAACUCUCCAGUCAGUCGUUGAAGGAGUUCAAAAGAGAUCCUGACAAGAUGAAGAAACAAUAGGUUCAAAGGUUUAUUGAAAGAUAUUUGUUUUCCCGUCUCUCUUGGUUAUUUCCCUUGAACUGUCGAUGAAAAAAUCGAUCAGUUUAAUAUAUGUUAUAAUUUCUAUGGGAACUUUCAAAAUAAAAUUAUAACAUCAAUCAAAAUUAUGGAUUGACUGAUGAUAUUCAGGUGCUCCAAGGGGGUAGGUGGUGUAGCUAGGUGUGGUUUGAUCAUGGUGUAAAUAGGUGUAGCUAGGUGUGGUUGAUCAUGGUGUAAAUAGGUGUAGCUAGGUGUGGUUGAUCAUGGUGCAAAUAGGUGUAGCUAGGUGUGGUUGAUCAUGGUGUAAGUAGGUGUAGCUAGGUGUGGUUGAUCAUGGUGUAAGUAGGUGUAGCUAGGUGUGGUUGAUCAUGGUGUAAAUAGGUGUUGCUAGGUGUGGUUGAUCAUGGUGUAAAUAGGUGUAGCUAGGUGUGGUUGAUCAUGGUGUAAAUAGGUGUAGCUAGGUGUGGUUGAUCAUGGUGUAAAUAGGUCUAGCUAGGUGCGGUUGAUCAUGGUGUAAAUAGGUGUAACUAGGUGUGGUUGAUCAUGGUGUAAAUAGGUGUAGCUAGGUGUGGUUGAUCAUGGUGUAAGUAGGUGUAGCUAGGUGUGGUUGAUCAUGGUGUAAGUAGGUGUAGCUAGGUGUGGUUUAUCAUGGUGUAAGUAGGUGUAGCUAAGCGCAGUUGGUUCUGCGUGUGUAGCUUCAUGAGGCUAGCAGAGUCAAGGCUCAGCUUCACAAGAGGAUGUAACUAUAGUUAUUGCUAAGUAACAAACACGUGCAUUGUGUUUUCAAAUGAUCAUCCACCAUAGAAGCAUGACUUAUAAAAUAGGGAUAAGUAUUAUUGAUAAAUUGUAUGACGUAUUCAUGCUUUACAAAAAAAUAAAGUAAUAGCAUAAUAUGAAAUGUAAUGGAUUCCAUGGCGAGCUAGAUAAAAAUUUAAAAAAUUCAAAGAAUUGAGUUUUUCUUUUAAUUUAAACCAAAAAAAAAAAAAAUUAAAGGGCGCAUACAAGUUGUGCACGCAGUGGCGUAGCUAGGGGAGGGGGGGGGCAAAUUCGAAAGUCCCCCGGGCCCCUACUUGAGGGGGGCCCCCAAAGGCGUGUCCGAAUUAUUAUUUUACAUUAAAUAAUGUCGAAUGUCAAAAUGCAGGGGCCCCUUAAGAGGCCAAGCCCCCGGGCCCCCAAAUCCCUAGCUACGCCACUGUGUGCACGUUACAGCUAAUAUAAUUAAAAUUGAAAGCGUGUGUGUUUUCUUUAAAUGUUCUAAAUGAAAACUGCUUUUUUAACUAGCAACUCUCCCGUCGCUCUCCGAUUAAGUGUAGAGUGAUGGAAAACUCAAAUCAGGUAUGUGGUAAAAACAUUUUUGCAUUUUGAAAAUAAUACCAGAGAAAAUUGAGGGCUAUAUAGAUUUAAGGGGUGAGACUAGGCUAUAGAUUUAAGGGGUGAGACUAGGCUAUAGAUUUAAGGGGUGAGACUAGGCUAUAGAUUUAAGGGGUGAGACUAGGCUAUAGAUUUAAGGGGUGAGACUAGGCUAUAGAUUUAAGGGGUAAGACUAGGCUAGGGCAAAAAAAAAGCAUACAGUUAAGGGCGCUAAAACUGGAUUUAAUUUAGUUUAUGCUGGUCGGGGUGGAGAUUAUAUGGCUAAAUUUUGGCGCUUCCCGCCCGAAAGUCUGAAAUGUCACCUCCAAAAUUGUCUGAAAGAGACAUCGAUUAUCAAGUUUCCACAAAAUGCCUCACUGCAUAUUGAAAUUAUCAAACAGUGUCUUUUAGAGAACCCCUGGCCCCGUUUUUGCUCCUGAGUCUUCAGCACCUUCAAUCUCUGCCCCCCCCCCCAUUUUUUUACCUUAUGCCCGUGUCAGUGUGAAAGUAGGAGAUUUUAUCUAAGUUGGUGCCAAAUGAUUACCUUAGGGGGCGCCCCAAACGGAGUAAAAAUCAUUUUGCGUAUGCCGUGGGGUGCCAUAGUCCCCCCCCCUCCUUUCACUCUUCCCCCAAGACGCUUGAACGAUUCCUUCCCCCGAUCAUACCGUCUAAUAAAAAAAAAUUGAAUUCAAGUAUAGUUCAAAAUGGACCCCCAUGAUUUUCAAAUAAUCAAAACUAUUCUGGGGAGGGGCUCUUCAGACCACACUUCACUCAAGAGCGAUCGAUUUCCUUAAUGUGUGCCCUACCUCCCGUAAACAUUGACAGUACAGCUGGUACUGGUGACCAAUUUUGCUGCAGGUAGAAACACUGUCUGGUGGAGUAGCGAGUGUUAGUGCCACCCUGGGGAGGGGGGGCAAGAUUCAUACGGCACUCCAUUUAACAAUGCCAACUCGGCAGUUUUCCUGAAAUGCACCACCUCCAGAUAAAGAAACGUGACACCUGGGCGGACCGCCUCAUCCGCCCCCCCCCCUUUUUUUUGCAGAGGCGUACCUAGAGUGUUUGGCUUCAUCUUUACGCCCCUACCCUUCAAACCAUUUUUUUCACCCCUUUAACACCAUCACACUCCAUUUUGGCGCCCCCCGCCAGUCCAUUGCACGGAUAAAUCUAUCCUCCCUCUACACCCCUCGGGCCACCGCCCAAUUUAAAAUCUGACCCCCCACCCCACCCCCACCCCGCAGGAAUUGUCUGAAAGAAACACUGGGAACGUGUCUGUGUCUCUCUGCCUGUGUGUAUCAGUUUAUCCCUGUGUGCCUGUGUGUGCGUUUGUGUCUGCGCUUGUAUGUGGUGUGUUUUUUCGUAGCUAUUCAAAUUUCUCCUAUCGACUAUUUCCCCAAAAGCCCACUAGAUUUGUUCAGUAUUAGGCUCGUGUGGACAAACGAUAGACAUUAAAAACCUUAAAGCCUUCAGACUUUCACAAGAGGUGCGAGCCGUAGUAAUAAAAUCAACGUUAAUUAUCAGCAGUUCACUGUACUAUUAACUCCAACCAGCAGUGCACUGCACCAUCCACUCCCACCAGCAUUGCACUGAACCAUUCACUCCCACUAGCAGUGCACUGCACCAUUCAGUCCCACCCUCAUUGCACUACAGCCAUGGUAUGAAUUAGUGGAUUUAAAGAGGGUUUAGCCUACAUGAAACUUGCCCUAUAAAAAAGAAUGGAUAAAUAUCCUAGGUGUUCGUGGUAGAGACCGACCGAAUUUCGGCUUCAGUUUCGGCGCCGAAAGUUGCCAUUUCAUCACUUUUGACCUAGUUUCGGUUUCGGCCGAAACUAAAAAGCUAACUUUCGGCUUAAUUUUGGUUUCGGCCGAAACGAAAAAGUUAACUUUUGGUUUAAUUUCGGUUUCGAUCGAAAGCGAUUGAGCCUUUCGGCCAUCUGCCAGAAAUCAGACUUUCUGUCUGCCGGCAAUCCGAUAUUCAUUAUUGCUCGACGUCUUGCUGUAAUCAUAUUUUAUAUGAUUAAUACUAUUUGAAAAUUGGUCACAGCUGCUUGAUGACUUAAAUUGUCUAAUAUUUCCAAACUAAUAAAAAUUUCAUUUAGGCCUAGGCAAAUGUAAAAAAGUUUUGAGGAAGAAAAAACUAAUGAAAUGGUAAUAUGUAUAUCAUUAUUUUUGUUUUAAUUUUUUCUCUUAAUAAAAUUUGGAACCCUAGGUUAAUUCAAUUCGUUCAUUUGUGAAAUUCAUUUUGAUUUAUCAUUAUCAUGCUAAUCAAUGUUGUCAUAGGGCAAAGGUGAAUAUUAUUGAAUAAUCCUAGGAAUUGGUAAUAUUUCCAUUAAUAUUUGUGCUUUAUUUUUUUUAAAGAUUAAGGAAACUUAGGCUUUUAAAAAUUCUUGAAAUUUCUUGUUCAUUUCUUAAAAUUCAUCAUAAUCACGCUCAUGAACAUUGGUAUUGACGAAAUACCCGCGUGUGCGUGUAUCCCGGGUUUGUAUUAUAAUGAUGUAGUAGGCCUACUGCAAACCUGUUUACUUUUGGGAUUUUUGCGACAGUUGACAUAAUCUUUUUCGAAUCUCCGCCGAGAGCCGUCAGAACAACAAUUUUAAGAGACCUGGUUAAAAAAAUAAAUUCCCCUACCAAUGGGGGGGGGGGCUGAGGGAGGUUAGUUGCCGAACGAAAUAAUUACGUCACCAGCAUGGCAAGACUAAUGUGUUAUUACUAGGUUAAAUAUUAAUACAGGGAUAUCUUGCCAGCUAUUUAUGAAAAUACAAAGCAUUAGUAUGGCGAUAACCGGGAAACAUUGUUAUGAUAUUUUUUAUCUCCUUAAUUAAUGAUAUUUAGGUGACUAUUGACUCUAUUGGAGCCAAAAUAAUUAGUUUUGGUAGCAUCAGGUAUAUUGUAUAGGUUGUAAUUAUAGUAUAAAAGCAAAGCGCCUUCACGAGUCAAUUUUUGAUGAAUUUUGCCACGCUCUCUCCCCCUUCCUGUCCUAAUUUUCUCUUACCAUACAUCUAUUUUUAAAAAAAUUAAAUUACUUUAAAAUUAAAAUGGCAAAUUAGAUGUUUAUUAAUAUUCAGGAUGAUCUGAUUUUUUUUUAAAUAAUGUAAAUAUUGAUACUUUUCCUCAUCGAUGUAUGUAGAAUGUAUGCAUGAACAAGUUUCAAAAUAUAUAAAUAUUUUGGUUUCGGCUUCGGUUUCGGCCGAAAGUCACUUUAAGCUUUCAGCUUCGGUCGAAAGUCAUUUUUAACUUUCGGCCUAGUUUCGGCUUCGGUCGAAAUCAGAAUAUCACUUUCGUUCGUUCUCUAUUUUAUAGAUCACACAAUUCCUUAAUGACAAAUUCAUCUCUUAAGAGUGGCCACAUCCAUCAGGUAACAUAAAAAAAAUCAACACCCCCACCCACCUCUUUUUUCUUCAAGAAAUGAUAAUUUAAUAGCUGCCCCUGUGUUCUAAAAUAUUUUUUCACCAAAAUUGUCACCAACAAUUCUCAGCAACAGUCUCACCAACAAUUAUUACCAAAAUUAUCACCAAAAUUGUCACUAACAAUUCUCAGCAACAGUCUCACCAACAAUUAUUACCAAAAUUAUCACCAAAAUUGUCACUAACAAUUCUCAGCAACAGUCUCACCAACAAUUAUUACCAAAAUUAUCACCAAAAUUGUCACCAAAAAUUCUCAGCAACAGUCUCACCAACAAUUAUUACCAAAAUUAUCACCAAAAUUGUCACUAACAAUUCUCAGCAACAGUCUCACCAACAAUUAUUACCAAAAUUAUCACCAAAAUUGUCACCAACAAUUCUCAGCAACAGUCUCACCAACAAUUAUUACCAAAAUUAUCACCAAAAUUGUCACCAACAAUUCUCAGCAACAGUCUCACCAACAAUUAUUACCAAAAUUAUCACCAAAAUUCUCAACAAGGAGAGGAAAGCGCAGCACUGUGAUGAGUGGAAAAUUCUUGUAGACGGCCUAAUGGCCCAGACGGGGUAGAAAGGCAUAUGUAAGUAAGUCUCACAACAAUUCUCACCUAAAUUCUCACCUAAAUUCUCACCUAGAUUCUCACCUAGUUCCGUUCUCUCCCCAGGCUGCUAUGUGCAAACGUGCGCCGCAGAGUUCAUCCAGUGCGCCCAGGGGUCUCGGACUUUCUCAGUGUACUCCGAGUGCAAGGCCAGGCACCACCUGUGCUCGCUCCAGUGCUGGGUGGACUUGACAGAGUCCAAGUUCGUCUGACUGACAUCAUAGGGCGACGUCACGUCACGAGUGCCGUGCACUGCGCAUGACGGCAUGGGAGGGGCGUGGCUUCCAUGACGUCACGCCGGAAUCCGAUGUUCGACGUCCCCAACCAAAAUGGUCGACUAAGCAGAGCUAUAUUUACCGCAGAUUCUCAAAUCCAAAAAGUUUAGUGGUGAC